GUCAGUCCCUGAACCCGUCGCAGUGUCCGGGGAGGAGGAACCAGAAGCCAUUGUUGUUGUUGAUUUGUUUUGCUGUUUACGAAACGUCCAAGACCACGGGACGUGUGGAGAAUAACGAGGACCGUUAAAGACGAAGGAGAGAAUCUGUCUUCGGAUAUUUGUUUAGUAUUUUAGAGGUUAUUUCUUCUUUUAAUCCGAUAUCGUUAAGAACCCAUGACAGUCGGAUUUGUUUCCACAGUUGGUCCGUCUCUGGUACUGUCGCCUAAAACCACCGGGUGGAACUUACUGCUAACGACAUAAAGGUUCCAGGUGCAUCGGCGGUUAUUAGUUGACACACCACAGGAUCAGCCUCUCACUCGGGUCUCGGUGGUCUGAGUUUUUUGACCGCACUUUCCAUUGCUUUUCCCCGGAGGUCCCACCACCACCCCGCGCGCUCUGCUGACGCAACCACGCACGCGCUGUGGCUCCACGCGAUGGCGGCACGCAGAAGAGUCCCCAGACAUGCCCAGGGAGGGACGGAGCAAAGUCACUGAAAGAGAGAGCCGCCGUUAAACCCACCACCUGUUCAGAGAGAGACGCCGCUGCCGACCCCGUGAAACAGUAUGUGGGGACCGGAUACUUUCGGUGCGCACUGACCGGGGAGAGAUCCAGAAGCGCGCAGGGACGCACCGCAUGUUGAUCCACAGAGUUCACUCAGAUCCAAAGUCGCGUGGACAGGGAAGGGGACAGUUGGAUUUACCUUUUGAGCUGUGAGCGGGACUCUUAUUCUGGGAGAAUGAAAUUCGCGGAGCAUCUUUCGUCCCACAUCACUCCGGAGUGGAGGAAACAGUAUCUCCAGUAUGAGGCAUUCAAGGAAAUGCUGUAUGCUGCCCAGGACCAAGCCCCGUCCAUAGAAGUCACAGAUGAAGACACGGUGAAGAGAUACUACGCUAAGUUCGAGGAGCGUUUCUUCCAGACCUGCGAGAAGGAGCUGCUGAAAAUCAACACCUUCUACUCAGAAAAGCUUGCCGAGGCGCAGCGCCGCUCGGCCACGCUGCAGAAUGAGCUGCAGUCGUCUCUGGACGCUCAGCGCGAGAGCAACGCUCCGCCCGGGCUGCGGAGACGCAAGACCAUGUUCCACCUGUCGCAGGAGGAGCGCUGCAAACACCACAACAUCAAGGACCUGAAGCUGGCGUUCAGCGAGUUCUACCUCAGCCUCAUCCUGCUGCAGAACUACCAGAACCUGAACUUCAUGGGUUUCCGUAAAAUCCUGAAGAAGCAUGACAAGAUCCUGGACACCCCCCGCGGGGCCGACUGGCGCGUGGCUCAUGUCGAGGUGGCUCCGUUCUACACCUGCAAGAAGAUCACGCAGCUCAUCUCCGAGACAGAGACGAUCGUCACCACAGAGCUGGAGGGAGGAGACCGUCAGAAGGCCAUGAAGAGGCUGAGGGUUCCUCCUCUGGGGGCGGCUCAGCCUGCUCUGGCCUGGACCACCUUUCGUGUUGGACUCUACUGCGGCUUCUUCAUCAUCCUCGCCAUCGCCUUCAUUCUCUCUGGUGCUGUGUUCGUCCGCUUCGAGAACGUUUGGCCUCUGGUGCGUAUCUACCGGGGCGGCUUCCUGUUGAUCCAGUUCCUCUUCCUGUUGGGCAUCAACACUUACGGAUGGCGGCAGGCCGGAGUCAACCACGUGCUCAUCUUCGAGAUCAACCCCCGAAACAACCUCUCACACCAGCACCUGUUCGAGAUUGCGGGUUUCCUGGGUGUGUUAUGGUGUCUCAGCAUCCUCUCCUGCCUCUACUCGGACUACACUUACCUCCCCAUGCAGAUCAACCCACUCAUCCUCUACGGCUUCAUGCUGCUCUUCCUCCUCAACCCCUUCAAGACCGGAUACUACAAGUCACGCUUCUGGCUCCUCAAGCUGCUGUUCCGGGUGUUCACGGCUCCGUUUCACCGGGUGGAGUUUGCAGACUUCUGGCUGGCCGACCAGCUGAACUCCCUGGUGUUCGUCCUGAUGGACCUGGAGUAUCUCAUCUGCUACUACAUCUUCGAGCUGCAGUGGAGCAACAGCAGGGGUCUGCUGCCCCGGGAGCAGGGCGCCGGGGGUCACGUGUGCCACAGCUACUCGUACGGGCUGCGCGCCAUCAUCCAGUGUCUGCCCGCCUGGUUCCGCUUCGUCCAGUGUUUGAGGCGUUACCGCGACACCAAGAGGGCCUUCCCCCACCUGGUGAACGCUGGGAAAUAUUCCACCACCUUCUUCGUCGUCACCUUUGCCGCGCUGUACGCCACGCACAGAGAGCAGGGCCACACGGACGCUGACAUGUUCUUCUACCUGCUGGUGGUGUUCUCCAGCAUCAGCUCGCUCUACACUCUGAUCUGGGAUCUGCGUAUGGACUGGGGUCUGUUCGACCGCGGCGCCGGAGAGAACACCUUCCUGAGAGAGGAGAUCGUUUACCCUCACAAGGCGUACUACUACUGUGCGAUCAUCGAAGAUGUGAUUCUGCGUUUUGCCUGGACGAUCCAGAUCUCCCUCACCACCACCACGAAGAUCCACUCUGUGGGCGACAUCGUUUCCACGGUGCUCGCCCCCAUGGAGGUCUUCAGGCGCUUCGUGUGGAACUUCUUCCGCCUGGAGAACGAACACCUGAAUAACUGCGGUGAGUUCCGGGCGGUACGGGACAUCUCCGUGGCCCCGCUGAACGCCGACGACCAGACGCUGCUGGAGCAGAUGAUGGAUCAGGACGACGGCGUCCGCAACCGCUCGGGCAAGAAGACGUGGAAGAGGUCGUACAGCCUGUCUCUGCGGCGCCCCCUGCUGUCCGCCUCACAAUCAAAAAAGGACACAAAGGUGCUAAUCGAAGAUACGGAUGAUGAGGCCUUCAGCUGAGUCAACACUAUACACACACACACACACACACACACACACACACACACACACACACACACACACACACACACACACACACACACACACACACACUUAUAAAGACCUCCUUUAUACUAAUAAAAUUAGUGACCUUCAGCUAAAACCUUUAAGACUCUUUGGAUAAUUUACCUCAUUUUACAUCCCUGUGAGUAUAUGUGGUCUUUAUAAGUAUAGAGAAACACACACACACACACACACACACACACACACACACACACACACACACACACACACUAAAGUAGAAACACAUGAAAUAAACCUGCUGAAGCACAAACAGUGUAAUAUCUACAGACGGUCGUGACGGGAGAUCUUCUGCACACACGUGGAAACACACACUGCCUGGGAUUGUUUUUUUAAAGGACUUUUUAUUGUGUUUAUUUUGAGAUCUUUGUAUUUCUUUCUUUACUUUUUCCUGAAGCUGCAUAGACGACUGUUUACACGCCUCUUUUCUAACGACACUAGAUCAACAGGGAGCAGUCAAGCCAAUCAAAACGGGAUAUUAGCCUCUAACCACCGGAGGAAGGACUCAGCAUAUCAAACCCAAUCAACUGCUUUCAGCUCGUUGAUUCUUUUAUACUCCUUCUUUGUUUCUUCUUGAGUUGUAUUAACCUCAGAGUACAAUCACACCCUGGAGGCACUUGCAGGAAAAGUGCAUUUAAUACACAACAACUUGUACACAACGGAUGUUUUGAUUCAAACAUGUCUGUGAAGUUGCUUUGUAAUAUAUUUAAUACAUUUGAUUGUGCAUUAUUACUCUGUUGUACUUCUACAUGUGUUCUUUGUACUAGUGCCGAGCCUCCACUCGAUGAUUGUCGUGUAUUUUAUAAACUUCUGAAUGUUCUUCUCCGCCACGUUUUUAAUACGCUCUUAGUUAGACCUCAGAUUGAAGCGACCUGUGAAUCAUCUCAAAGUGCCCGUGUGUGUCUCUGUUGUUUCCUUUGCAUUAACUACCAAAGCUUUGUUUCUAUGAAUGUGUCCAUGCAGACAACGCUCCUUUAUGAUUGUUCGUUUUACUAAUGUGCGCAGCUGUCUUGUUGGAAAUCCCAGUAAUAUGAGGAGAAGUGUGUCAAAUAUUAUGUGAUUAACUGCUUUAAAGGUUUAGUUUAAUUGUUGCUAUGCCGAUGGUUCACAAACUAGGAGCGCUUUUAUUGAAUUAAUCUGAUUAAUGAAGGUUUAAAUAGACAGACUAGGCUGGCUAGCAUAAGUUAGCUAUCCUUGUGAGCUAGUUUUGUUAACUAGCUUUAUUAAGACAGACUUACAAAAUGUAAAAAUGCGUGCGACAUGAUAGCAAAGAGCCAUUUGUAUAUUAAGACCUGAGUGUGUGUUGUCAGAUCGGGCUACUUCUUAUUUAAUGGCGCAUAUGACAAAACGUUUUGGGGAAGCUCAUGCUAAUUACGGCUAAUUUUUGUAGGGUCGUUGGCGGCAACAAAAAGUACUUAUAUUAGUUAUUAAUUCAGCCAAUUGGAAUUGGAACCAUCCCAUUUUAGUUUCAAACUAAAUGGACAAUAUUCCCAGCUAAUAUUUGGGACUAAAAGAUGUGGUGAAUAUCUUGAGGUUUUGGCGACUUUGAGGCUCUUUUUCAACAAUCGGGUUGCAAUCAAAUCUCUCUUUCACAGUCUGUAUAAUCUGUGACACGUUUUCACCACUUCAUGUUGUUUGUUUGUAUGUUCAUUCAUUUAGCACUUUUAAAACACAUUUCAAUCAAUGUUCCGAGGAAAUGUAUUAACCAGGAGAAACGUGCUGUACAUCUGAUAUCCUCUAUAAGUUAUUAUUAAACCAGCAGCUCAAACUUAAAGAGCUGCUCCUUAUCAUUUCAAAUGCUGUUUAACUUCCUGUUUGACCCCCCCCCCCCAGCUGCAGCACAGAAAUACUUCUGUUUGUAGAAAACUGAACAGCUUCUGUGUGCAAAGAGCUAGAAAAAUAUGUAAAAAAUGUAGAAGGGUAGCUUCCUGCAUCAUUAUAACACACACACACACACACACACACACACACACACACACACACACACACACACACACAGCAGAUAGUUUUGUAUAAAGGCUGUUGUCUUGCCUGCAUGCUGCUUUAGUUCCCAUUGUACAUAGCUCUUAAUUUAUUACAUGUAUAUUAGCGAUCAUUGUGGCCACCGUGACAAUGGUUGAUUUCAUACUUCGAGACAAGCAGUAUUUUUUAAGGAGAACGAAGAGGGGAGGUGAUGUUGUUCUGAUCCUGCACUCAUGUUGACAAUGUGUUUGUACAAAAAAUAAUAGAUCCACAGAGAAGUGGAGACUGUGAUUGGUUGUUUGUCGUCGUCUUUUUUCAAGGCUUUCAGCGUCCAGGAGGAGCUGUGGUACUCUGUGUGUACAUCUGUGAAUGUGCAUGAAAACAAUACUGUGUUGUAAAACCGCCCUGCUGACAGAAGCACUUUGACCCAAGCUCCAAAAAACCUGCCUGAACAUCUCCUGGAUUUUAUUUGAAGCAUUUCUGACGGUGCUUCUCUGUAAGACAACGUGUGUGUAACCCACAUCAGGGUUAUUUUGUACAGCCCCCCCCCCCCCUGAUGUUAAAGUGCUCGAUGUUUCCUCUCGAUGUUGUUUCUCUGAUCCAGUGAUAGAGCUGUAGUUUGGUAGGCUGUACUUUGAUGAGACAGAUGUUAGAUAAAUACAUCGUGGCUUAAAUGUGAUUUUAAAGAAAGGAGAGUCUCUCCUCCCUGGAGUCCGUUUUUCAGAGUAGUUUGUACAUGUUUCGUGUGAAACUCCGUCCUGCGAUGGUUCUGAUGGUAUUUGUAUUCAUGUAAACACUUUGGUGAUCCUGUCAUAUCUGGGUUUUAUAAACCACGGUUAUUUUUAAAACUC